CAAAAUAAAAGUUGUCCACAGCGCUUUGAAGUAGUUACGUCAGAGACGUGAAGUCGUCAUGACGUCGGUUACGUGGCUUGACGGCGGCACGCGGGAAAGUUAAGCGAGAGCUGCAGGCAGCUAAGCGGCAAUAGAUUAUGGCUAUGAGAAAUGCAACCCGGGUGGAGGUGGAAACAGAGGUUGAGGAGGAGGAAAACUUUGGACCACAGCCUGUCGCCCGUCUGGAGCAAUCUGGCAUCAGUAGCAGUGAUAUCAAGAAGCUGGAGGAUGCUGGCUUUCACACUGUUGAGGCCGUGGUGUACGCACCCAAGAAAGAACUGCUGAACAUCAAGGGAAUCAGUGAAGCCAAAGCUGACAAGAUCCUGACAGAGGCCGCUAAAAUGGUUCCUAUGGGAUUUACAACAGCCACGGAGUUCCACCAACGUAGAGCUGAAAUUAUCCAGAUCUCUACUGGAUCCAAGGAACUGGAUAAGCUCCUACAGGGAGGAAUUGAAACCGGAUCCAUCACAGAGAUGUUUGGAGAGUUUCGAACAGGAAAGACACAGCUGUGCCACACGUUGGCCGUCACCUGUCAGUUGCCUAUCGAUCAGGGUGGAGGGGAGGGAAAAGCCAUGUACAUCGACACAGAGGGAACGUUUCGUCCGGAGAGACUUCUGGCUGUGGCUGAGAGGUAUGGGUUGGUGGGCAGUGAUGUGCUGGAUAAUGUGGCGUACGCUAGAGCCUUCAACACAGACCAUCAAACGCAGCUGCUGUAUCAGGCAUCUGCCAUGAUGACUGAAUCCAGAUACGCUUUGCUGAUAGUGGACAGUGCCACCGCACUUUACAGAACAGAUUAUUCUGGGCGAGGAGAGCUGUCCGCCCGCCAGGGGCAUCUGGGGCGAUUUCUUCGCAUGCUGCUCCGUCUUGCUGAUGAGUUUGGUGUGGCUGUCGUCAUCACUAACCAGGUGGUAGCGCAGGUGGAUGGAGCGGCUAUGUUUUCUGCCGAUCCGAAGAAGCCGAUUGGUGGAAACAUUUUGGCACAUGCUUCGACUACUAGAUUAUAUCUGCGAAAGGGUCGAGGAGAGACGAGGAUCUGUAAGAUUUAUGACUCUCCGUGUUUGCCUGAGGCUGAAGCCAUGUUCGCCAUCAACGCAGAUGGAGUAGGUGAUGCCAAAGACUAAGAAAUGAUGCCUUUAUUCCUAAAGGUUUUACUAAACAGGAAACCUUUAUUGCUAUGUGGAAGCUAGAGAAGAGACUGAAAUGAUACGUUUAUGUAAUUGUGACCUAAUGGUUUUGAAUAGAGAGUGAAACUGAAACACUGUACAGAAGAGCGGCUUUUGUAAGAUACUGCAAUAAUAUCAAACGCAUUGUGACGGGCUCUUCAUUUACAAAUCUGCAAGAGCUGAAUUGUCCGAUCGGUGUUGAAUUAUUUGAGCUAGUGUCAUUUUGUGUAGUCAUUCGCUCUGCUGUGGUGUCAAACCUGUUUUUUUUGUGUGUUAUUUACAUGUUUUUGUUGUAUUUGUUUGAGCUGAUGUACAUAAACUACACAGAAUUAAAGCGUUUUUAUUGUUAAACUUUACUAAAAACAUUUAACUUAUAUCUUUAGUUAGGAGCAGUGGCAUUAAAAUAAUGAAAAACAAGCAAAAA